AACCCAUUGUCAUUGUCGAAUGUACUCGAUUCGCUCCCGCUCCCAUUGUGGUUGUUCGGCGGGAAUCUACACCUGAUGGUCAACCGCCAGUCAUCAUAGUGAGAGGAGAAGGACUCCCGAACAAAAACCCGGUCAUAUUGGAUCGACGACGUAACAAACUCAAACCGAUCAUCAUCAUUGACCAACGAGAGGAUAUGAUGUUUUUCGAUGGCCCUCCUGGAGAUAUGAUGAUGGGAAAUCAGCCUCCCAUCCUGGAUGAAGCGGGAAACCCCAUCAUGGGCAUACCCCAAGGGAUGGGCUUUGGUGAUAUGGAUGGAAAUGGUGGCCUCCCAGGGAUGCAAGGCAUGCCAGAGCCCACGCCAACGCCAGGAAUGAAUAACUCAAAUUUCCCUCGAUCAAGCUACUUGCGACGAAAACCACUACGGGUGUUUCCUGCUUUCAUGGACGGUGACGAUUCUAUCACUAUUGGCCAUCCACCGUCUGAUUCCGGCAGCACCACAUCUUCGUUAUCCGAUUAUUCCAACGAAAACAUAUAUCCCCCUCAAUACCAUUCAAAUUUAGCACCCAUACCUGAAUCUUACAAUCAAAUGGAACCCAACAUGGAAUUGAACGGCAAUAGGAGAGUGAGGUUUGACGAAGGUCCUCCACAACAACAUGUAUAUGAGCGUGAGCAGUCAGAUGACGAAGGCGCUUACGAUGAACCGUAUGAGCAUUAUAUGCCUGCUCCAGGCGGUAACAACAUGCCUCCACCACCAAAUUGGAACUACCCUCCAGAGCAAGACAACAGUAUGCAUAUGCCGCAACCCAUGCCGCAACCCAUGCAACAACGUGCCAGCUUUGAUCCAAGCUGGAACCGACCGGUCGUAUGGAAUGAUGAGCCACAGCAGUUGCCCAAUGGUAACUGGCCCAUGCCGAAACCACGGUGGCAGCUCAAUCAUGCUGCAGUAUAAUGUCUAUUUCAUCCUUUGUAUUCAAUGUUGUUGUUUUUUUUCUUCGCUAUAUAUCAUAAUUCACAUGGUGGUUAUUUUUUGGGACUGUACAAUUUUGUUGGACACUAGCUUCAUCAAUCAGGCUGCUUACUUUUUGCACUGUGUUGUUUACUAAAAUAUAAAUACAUAUAUAUUAU